CCUAAUGUCCAACGUCCGUGCUACCUAAACCUGCUUAUGGUAUUCACAAAGAAAUCAGCAGCAUGUUUGCUGCCAAUCCAGAGAAAAGAUCCCACGAUGGAGCUUCUCAGACCUGUGGUAAAGACAUCACAAGGCCUGGAUCCCAGGUUAAGAAAAAGGGCCGCUCUCCUGAAGUGACUUUACCACCACUUUGCCGGGAGCCACCUUCUCUCUCCUUUGUGGCCAAGCCUUCGUUCAGUCGUGCGUCCGUCCUCAGACAUGUCCCCACUGACAGGCCUCUGUCAGUGGUGGAGCUCCCUCGUCUCAUAGCCCAAGUUGGACCUGGAAGAGCCAUAGGCGACGCGAAAUGGACAGAAGGACCUCGACUAAUGGCCUCAGCAUUAGGGACCCACAUCCCUGUCAGAACUGCUGAGGAGUCUGCAGCACAGAGUCUUGCAGGGAAAGACGAAUCCAUAAAAGCCACAACAUGUAAGGAUAAGAAGAUAACAACUGUGAAAAAUGGGAACGCGACCAAACCAAAUAAACUCCCUCUCACAGGCACAGAGGUAGUUUUCUUCUUCUUUGCCAAGAGAAGAGACCCGGGAGAUUUCGAGUUUUAUUACCUAAAAGAAGUGGAUGGGGACUCUUACAGACCCUAUGACCUGCGAGUGGUCCCUUCUAGUGAAGCUGGUUCUGAGCACUACAUCUUCUCCCCUAAUACUGUACUACAUGUGACAGCAAGGGGUUAUGGUGGACUUGUAAGUCUGGCAGAGUGGUACAGAGAGUCUGUGUUGUGGGCAGCUUUGCAGGAGAUCCCGUUUUUCAGGGACUUUAGACAGCGGAAAGCAUUCACAGGGUGGCAUAGAGGUGCGCGCAAAGUUAUUUUUAAGCGCAAGUGUAAGGAUCUGCAGGACAUGCUGGUUAUAGCUGUACCUCAGUUCAGAAAUGCUCUUUCUCUGUUCACCAGAAUAAUUGAAGAACUGAAAGGGACACACCGGCUGCCCCAGGAAGAGGCUGAAACCUACACAUUGCAGGAAUUCAAGAAUGUACUGAUAACCAUGAAUCAGGAGUAUCUGCAGAUAUUGAAGAAGUUAUCACAGUAUCGUGCUGCCAUCCUUAAUGGGGUGAAAGAAGGCAGCUACAAGGCACACCGGGAAUUGCAGCUGCACAUGGAAUACGCUAAAAAGCCAAAUGAAACCUAUGAACCCAUUCAUCUCCAUCUGACUCACCAGCAGGAGCUGAAGAAAGAGUUGGCUUGGUCUGAAAGCGUCUUGCAGAAAUUGGGCAACUUUGCUGCCCUCAUCAAUCAGAUGAUUGUGCAGAGUCUCGUCACAAUCAGCCGACAAGAUGCCAUAUCUUUUCUCAACAAUGUUUUGAAGAGGAAGAAAUCUCAGCAGUGUUGUCUCUUCCACACUGAGCUGUGUUUCAGUGCCAGUAGUCAGUUGACUGUGGACCCACCAGUACAUCUUUUCCAAGAAGCAGUGAGUGAAGCACUCCUGACUGUUGGUGACUCUAUAAUUCAGAUGUGUGACACGUGUGGAUUAUUCCUAGAGAUCACCAACAAUGUCUUCAGCUCUGAUUUUGCUCAGGAUUUAACCUCUGACUUCAGUUGUAUUGAACCUCCUAAUGUUGCAGGGGAGAAUAAGAACAAUGAUGCAAUGACUGGUCACAGAAAGUUGUAUUGUUGCCAAUUGUUUGGAGAUCUGUCAUCCCGCUGGCUGGUGCUGCCUAAAGAGACCUUGCUAAGGGUGCAGGGCAACAGGGUGCAUGGGUGCUACUAUCCCCUCCCCAAGAGGCAACUGGAGUGGCAGAUCAGCAUCAAUGAUGUUACGAAACAAGUUGAGAACGAGUAUGCUAAGAUCAUGCAGGACGCUGAACUAGAAAUCCAGCAGCUGCGUGAAAGCUACUCGUGGUUGAUGGACAUCCAUUUGUUCAUGCGUCAAUGGAGUCGAGCCUCUUUGGAAUUCAUGAAAGGUCAGCCUGCUUUACUGUAUGAGGAACACAUAAAGAAGGUACGCCACUGGACUGAAAGAAUCUACACAGUCCCCUCUUCAGUCUCUACCUCCAAACAACUGUUCACCAUCCAGUGCACCAGAAUAAAAGAAAACAUAGGGCAACAGCUCAAGGUCAUUGAGGAGGAAGUGCUAGAGCAGCUUGUUGAGCAGAUAAAGCUGCUCUCAGAAAGCGUCAUAUCAGACAUGGAGAGGGCUACUGCUGAACUCCAAACGAAACCCCAUGACUUGCAUGACUUUGCAAAAUACGCUUUUACGUUAAGGGGGUCUGUGAAAAUGUUGGCGGACAUACAGAAACGUUUGGAGUACAUACACUCCCUCCAGGACACUCUCUGCAUGAACUACAGGAAGAUGACAGAACAGGAGGUGACAUUGGAAGAAAAGAUGCUGAACAUGUUGGACGGCUUUAUUCCCCUCUUGAAGCAAGCAGAUAGCAUUGUGUGUCACCGUCUCCCUUCAAUGGCUAACGCACUGGACUCAAUGUUCUCAUUUUUGGUUCAUGACCUUAAAAAUAUGGUCUGUAAAAUUACAUCUGGACCCUUCAUUGACCCAACCCAGAAUCCAAAAGAGAUGGUGUCCACACUGAACCACUUGUGUGCACAUGUGGACAGUCUCAAUGCACAGUUGGAACAACUUAGUGAGAACAGUCAAAACCUGCAAGAGCAUCCAAUGGAUUUGACCAUUUUAACAACAUAUGUCCAGAAGGUAAAAGCCUGUAAAGAGUUGUGGGAGCUGGUAGCAAUUUGCACAACCUGGAUGGAAGAAUGGAAACAGCUGCUUUUCAGUGAGGUUGUGGUGUCACAAGCUCAAGGAAAAAUUGCCAAGUGGAAGGAGCAAGUUCUUUCUCUAACAUAUAUCAUACCUACCCAUGAUGCUGUGCUGCAGGAGACUUUGAGAAUCCUGGAAAGUUUAAGCCAUCAGCUUGCAAUCAUGGCUGAGCUGCAGAGCCCCACACUCAAAGAUAAACACUGGAGAGUUAUUUUCAAAGAAACGGGCCUACUGUAUAUCCCAGAGAAGAAGGUGACUGUUGCUGAACUGAUGUCUAUACAACUUGAAACUCAUCAGAACCUUAUUAGCAAGAUAUGCAGGGAUGCACAAACAGAGUUGAACAUGGAGCAAACCUUCCAGAAGCUUCAACAGGGAUGGGAAGCCAGACUCUUCCAGCUGGUUAGAUUCACUCUCCCUGUUUGGCAGCAUUGUGAGCCACAACAUGGAUUAACAGAGACAGAGAAGCCCACACAGGGCACCUUUUCAAAUCUCAAAACUGGCAAUCAACAUUCCUGUAAUAAUGCAAGAUUCACCAUCACUGGUCUGGAAAUACACUUUGCUGAGAUAGAGAACGAUUUGAUGACUUUGUCCACCAUGUUGAAAUCCCUACACAGUGUUGAGUUCAGGCCGCAGAUGGAGGAUUGGGUGCAAUCACUUCAAGAUCUUGAGAAGCAGCUUAAUUUAUUUGAAAGAUACCAGGAAAGAUGGGCCUUCCUGUCCAAGACAUUCAAUGAAACCUUUAAUGUUCAAAAGGUGGAUCUGCUGGAUCAAUUCCAACCAGUUGAUCAGACAUUUAGGGAAAUGAUGCACUCUGUAUCAACUGACCCUCACGUGUUGAACUUUGUUCAUUCCAAGAAGACAAAUGGCAGAUUCCAUGGCAAUAGCCUUUGCCAGAUUCUCACUGAUGGUCUGUCUAUAAUGGAGGGUAUUUCCAACCAAAUGGUGCAUCUCCUGGACACCAUCUGUGAACAGUUUCCAAGACUCAGGUUCUUGAGUGACAGGGAAGUGAUACAACUACUCUCCUUUUGCGCAACGCCUUACACACUGCAACCCUUUGUACGCAAAUGCUUUAAAGGGGUACGUUGGCUUGAGAUGGAUUCUGAAACACCAUCUAAUGCAAGAGAUGUAAAGAGCUGCGGGGCUACAUCUCAAAGCCACAGAGAGGUGAAGGUGCUGGGUUUUUUUGGCAGCCUCCAGGAGCAUGUUACCUUUUUGUCUCCAUUGGAGCCAAAUCUCAAUGCCUUGGUCUGGCUUUGUGUCUUUGAGAAACAAAUCAAGUUGACCAUGGUACAGCUCAUGAAACAAUGUGCUGUUGUGCGAAACCAACUUGAACCAUCCAGUCAAGAUUUGGCAUGUGAUAAGAACGUUGGAGACAUCCGGUGCCACAUUGCUGAUGGGAGGAAAAGUGCACUCCCUGUGCUGGAUCUGUUGUGUGAAUAUCCUCUUCAGUGUCUCCUGGUGACUGAGGAGGCAGUUUGGUGCAAUGUUCUGCUACAAGUUUUCCAAGAAUCAAGCCCAGUAAAUUUGAGAAACAUAAAGGCAUACACCUCUGCAAAACUGAAAAACCUUGGACAUUCAAUUAGGGAUGGAGUCACAGGGGCUAAAAGUGGAUCUCUAGUUUCUAAGUAUCGUAUGAUGUGUCUGCGUGCUUUAGUGGAACUUACAAUGAAUCAUGCACAGCAGCUAUCUAGACUCAUGGAGGUACAGUAUGUACCUCUGGAGUCAUCUUUUGAGUGGCUAAGUUUGAUGAAGUAUCACAUAAACUUAGAAGACCGCAGUCUAAAUGGACAUGGUGAUCCAACAUGUUACGUGGAUGUUUUUGGCCAUCGACUCCAAUAUGAUUAUGAGUAUUUCGGUCCAGAAGAUUGGGGGAUGGUGCAUACUCAGUCUACAGAUCGGGCAAUACUGGGGAUUCUCCUUGCUCUGACCAGUUACAGAUGUGGGUUUGUGAGUGGACCUUGCAUGUCUGGGAAAAAAAAGACUGUGGUCCAGUUAGGAAAAGCACUGGGGCGGCAGGUUGUCAAUAUACAGUGUUAUCCAACCACGAGACCCAGUGUUGUUCAGCGGAUGCUGUUGGGCGCCCUCCAGACUGGAGCAUGGCUUCUGCUUAACUCUGUGGACUUACUAACGCAAGGGGUCCUGUCAUUACUGGAACAACGUCUAGUAGACAUUCACCAAUCUUUCUCUGGGUUAACAAGAAAUAAGAAUCAAAGAGUGAAUGAGGAUCCGAAGGACAGGACUGCUGAUGGGGUCAUGGGUUACAAAAGUAUUGCUGAUUUAGAAUGCCAUAUGGUAUUUGCAGGUAAAAGCUUUAGUGCCAGCCUGAGCUAUGGAUGUGUUCUCAUUUCAUCGAAGGGAUAUACAUCUGAGGUCCCAGAAAGUCUGCGAUUUGCAACCAGACCCAUUGCGUUAACCCAUCCAGAUUACAAGAUCAUUGCAGAAGUAAUGCUGGCUUCCAUUGGUUUCUCAGAGGCCCUGUCUUUAAGUCGACGUUUGGUGUCCCUCAUCAGCCUGGCCAAGGAUUCCCUCUGUCUGCCUGAGUUCAUCGCUGAUGACCAGAGCUGCUAUCUUGUUGUCUUGCAAAAGAUCAUCUCCGCCUCUGAACUAAACUUUCAGCAAAGGGUAAGGCAACGGAAAAUUUCAGAUGAAGCUAUAGGAUUGGCUGCAGAACAAACUAAUCUUACGUCUUCACAAAAUGUGACUGCCAGAGUUACUGAGAAGGAUAAAAAGGAAACUGAAAAGCCUUCCAUGUUGCGCAGUUGUCAUUUGUCAGUUAUACAGGGAUUAAUGGAGGAGACAGCCAUUGUCAAAGCGAUUCUUUCUGUCUUAGUACCUGUUCUUCAUGAAAACAAGAAAGCCUCACAGUUCUACAUCAUUUUCAAAGAAACAUUCCCUAUAGCCUGCCAGUUUCCUCUUUUCCAACAAUACAUAGAGGAAGCAGAAAAGAACCAACUAAAUGAUGCAGUUACAGAAGAAUUACAAAGAAAAUGGCUUCACUCUGACUCCGAACUAAUUGGCAGGGCUCUUACACUCUACCAGACCAUGAAAUUAUCUCAGGCAGUUAUGCUUAUAGGCCCCUCAGGUAGUGGAAAAACAACCUGUUACUGCGCUCUAGCUGGAGCCCUCAAUUGUUUGGCUGCCAGGGCACUGGAAUAUGUGUUUGAAAGUGACAAUAUGACUGAAGGAGAUACCCCAAAGGUAGAGCCACUGACCUCGGCUUCAACCUGGAACUCUGUUGACACUGUGGUCUUAUUUCCUAAUGCCAUGUCCCAUGAAGAGUUAUUUGGCUGCUUCUGUGAAAAGAGAGGAUGGCAAGAUGGAGCUGUUGCAAAGGUGCUGAGGGAUUCUGAACGACAUGAACAAACAACAUCUACAAUCUGCAACAAGAAAAGUAAUCAGGCACCAAUAGUGAAAUGGUUAGUAAUGGAUGGGAAGCCUCUGGGGCAGCCCGGCUGGUUAGAUUAUUUAACCACACUUUGCAGUCCUGAGGACACAUUUCUGUGCCUGUCAUCAGGUGAAACACUGCCAUCCCAAUCACACCUUAAACUGCUUAUGGAAACCACUGACCUCCGUGAUGCAAGUCCCUCUGCAGUGACCCGUUGCAGCCUUGUUUAUUUCACAGGUACUGAUCUGUGGAAGUCUUUGUGGAAGAGUGAAAUGGAUGCUCUCUCUUGUGAACACAAACUGGAUCAAGGAACCUUGAAAAUGUGGAAUCGUCUGGCUGAAGAUCUUUUCUCCAGCACUCUAAGUUUGCUCAGGGAAAAGGCUUUGACCUCUGCAAUACACAAUGAAGGAGAAUCAUCAACACUGCAUGGACUGCAAGAAAUCAUGUCAUUUGUCCGGAUCCUACGUGCCCUCCUACAACAUUUUGGGAGGGAAAUGGAAAAAGCCGAGGCAACACCACAAAUAGACAAAAGAGAUAUACCUCUACACAGAACAGGCACAACAGACUCAGAUCCCCACACUAAACAAGAGCUGCUGGUCAGGAACCUUUUUCUGGUGGCUUAUAUUUGGGGAUUUAGUGGACAUCUGCAUCCCCGCCACUGGCCACAGUUCAACUUACUAGCCUGUCAAGUGCUGUUUACUUGCCGGUACAAAAUUGUGGUUCCUGAUGCAGAGAAUGUGUUUGAACACUUCUUGAACAUAGACGGCAAGAUAUGUCCCAGGAACACACUGUUGACAGAUUCCAUCACUCCCAAGUACAAGACAUAUACCUAUCUCCUGAAUCUAAUGUUGGAGGCAAACCAGCCAGUGUUGCUCGCAGGGGAGCCUGGUUCUGGAAAAACCACCUUGUGCAAAGCUUUGCUGAGUUUUGACAAGCCACAUAUUAGCCUUCCAGCGAGUCCACUCCUGUGCUCCAGAGAGUUGCGCCUUAUACUGAAUAACAUCAGCUGCCAGAAGAACUGUAAAGACUCUAUGUGUUCCACGACAAAACAGCCGCAACUGCUUCUUUUUGUGGAUGAUUUGCAUGAAGCUCCCUGUGAUGUCUACGGGAAGACGUCAGCAGCUCUAGAGACACUGCGCCAGAGUAUUUCAAAGGGAGAGAUUCUAACAUUUGAUAACUACCACUUCAAGUUAUUGAGUUCUGGAACCAUCAGCUACAUGGCCACCUGUUGUGUGUUUGGAUUAAGCCAUUACCACAGUGAUGUGAUAUCCUGCAGGCUCUCACGCCUGUUCUCCAUCUUUGUGCUCCCUAGCCUAUCAAUGGACAUUAUAUUGUCUAUACAUUCUCCUCAGUUAAAAAUCUGGCUCAAAGACAUGCCACUCAAGCAGAGUGGUGAAGACAUGGCAUCUUGUAUCAUCACUGCAACUAGAAGUCUGUAUCACGCAGUAUGUGACCAAUUCCAGCCUACUGUGCACAGGCCCCAAUUCAUAUUUUCCCAUCAUGACCUUCAGAAAGUGUUUUGGGGGAUGUGUUUGUGGCAGCCUAACAUCCCAAACACAGGGAAAAUGCAGAAAAAGGAGAAUUCACUACCAGGAUUUGGUCCAGUCCUGCCAGGGCCUGAAACAUUAGUUCUUAACAUAGUACAUCUCUGGAUGCAUGAAUGCAUGCGUACUUUCAGUGAUAGGUUUUGCUCAGAGAAUGAAAGCAAAACUCUUAUGUCACUCAUAGCCAAGAUAGCAACAAAACACUAUGGAAUUCAUUUGGUUGAUAAAACCGAGCCUGUUGGUGAAGGUGAGCCACCCACUGUCCCAAGCCUUGCUGUUCCCACACUAAUAGGUCAGAGUCUAGAUACACUAAAUCUGCCUCAAGAGCCAGACACAACUGACCAUUCAGACCUGAAGGAAGGCCAUACAUUGACUGAGAUUUCCCUUCUGUCUGAAGACAAUUGCUCAGAAGAGGCAAGCCUAAAAACUCAACCUCUGCAACCCCAGAUUCUUCAGCACAUGGAGGGCGUGAUGGCCACGUUUGUUUAUGGUCCUGAACUCUCUGAGGCCCUGAAGUCAAUAAAUCAGCAAAACAAUUUUAGAUGUAGCAGUUCUUAUCAGGACCGAGACGUUGAUGUACUACUGCAGGAGCUGUGUGCACUCAUUGACAAAAAAGAUGAAGAGAAAGUUGAUAAUUACUACAACAUUACAACCAGAUGCUUUGUACACAAACAGGGGGUAAAUCAGCUCUUACAUAUUCUCAGGGCGUUGCUCAUACCCGGGGGUCACGGAGUGCUGAUUGCGUCAGACAGAGGCACAGGCCGUAAAACCACUGUGCGUUUAGCUGCUUUUGUGACAGGCUACCAGUUGAUGGAGGUACAUCCUGGUAAUGAGAACAAGUUGCAUGAAAUCCUAAAAGAGGCCAGGAAUCAAACUAGAGUGGAGGGAGUUAAUGUCAUCAUACUGGUCCAUGAAGGAAUUAGCCAGUCUGUCAGAGAAGAACUAUUGGUGGCGAUGGCUCACAGAACCUACCCAGGGCUCCACACAGAGGAGGAGUUGAGAAACCUUGUUUCCAGAGUGACUGCUGUGGGGAACUCAAAAAAAUACCUUUUGGACAGUUGGAUGUUUGAGAAGUACUUGAGCCAAAUCCACAAAAAUGUACAUGUGUUCCUGUUGCUUCCCUUCACCGUGGCAGACAGCAGUAAGAUACCUGCCAACAAUACAACCCAUGGAUGGAAUGCACAACUAACCAAGGCCAUGCGCUUCAGUUGCUGUGUGGAGGUUUACCAGCCUUGGUACAACCAGUCUUUAGUGGAAGUUGCUGCUCAUUGCCUCAAAGCCAGUCCCUACAAAAUGGAGAGAGAAGGUUCAGAGGCCAGCCUUCCUUUGGCUAUGGCAGGAAUCCAUCAAUCUGCGUGUCAGUAUGCUUCUGUCCUUCUAAGAGCUCAGCCUUUCAGCCCUCAGACUUACGUGGAGUUGAUUGCUCACUUUGAUUACCUCUACAACCAUCUGCACAAGCAAAGGCAGAGCCAAGCUAACAGAAUUGCCACUCUUCUGUCUAAUUUGGAUGUCAUUAACAACGCAGCUGAGAAGUAUAAACAGCACUUAAUAAGACUGCAAAAGAAGGUUGCUGAGACACAGCAGUAUGAGAAAGAGCUCCUCAGCGCUGUAGAUUACCAGAGAAGCGUGCUCGAGGAAGCCCAGGACGCGUGUGUAGUAGAGGAGAACAAGCUGUAUCAUCUGGAAGAGCAGAUAAAUAACGCUCAGAAAGAGGCGAAACCUGUGUACCUGUCAGCCCUGAAGAUUAUUAAUUGUCUGAAUCCAUCUGACCUAGAGGAGGUGCGCCACUACAGAGAUCCACCUGAUGGAGUGGUGAAAAUCAUGGAUGCCAUUUGUUUGCUGUUUAAUUGUCCCACAGGUUGGGAGAGUGCUAAACAACUUCUUGGACAACCCAACUUUUUCCAGGAGUUGGAAUUUUUUGAUCGCUACGCUCUGACAAAUGAACAACUACAGAAGCUUGGUCAGAUAGUUCACAGUCCCCAUUUUGUGCCAGAGUCUGUGAGAGAGGUGAGCAAGGCCUGCGAGUCUCUGUGUCGAUGGGUCCAGGCUGUGUAUGAGUGCUGCUGCGUCCAAAAUCAACUGUGGGUCAAGCAGCAAUUGGAGGAGCUGGCCAAAGAGGCAAGAGGUCAACUACACUUGGUCAAGCAACACAAGGAGGAUGCAUACCAUCAUCUAGAGGAUGUCAAGCUUCAGCUGCAGUUUGUACAAAAUGAACUGGAGGAGCAACUGCUGGGGCUGCACAUAGCUGAAAACUCAGAAAAAGAUAUUACUACAGCUACACGGCAGUUGGAGACACAUGUCAGAGUCUGGAGGGCUGCUGCUCAGGAGGCAGAAUUAAAUAACCAGGCUUUACCUGGAGAUGCCCUUAUCCUGGCUGCAAUCAUCUCUUAUUUAGGCCCCUUUGGACCUGAUACACGCACAGAACUGCUGAGCAAGUGGAGGGAGCUAUAUCAAACAGGACGCAUCAACAUAAACCCCAAGGACCCCAGAACUUCCCUCUUUACACACACUGCACCUUCAUACCCCCUUGCUGGUUUUCCAAUCCUUGUGUCUGAGAGGCUGCAGCUGCCUCUGGGUCAGGUGUUAGGUACUUUCCGGGAUACUCCAUUUACAAGAAUGGUUGUAAAGCUGCUGCUGUGGGGCUGCAGGAGUGCCUGGGUUCAGCACUGGCCUCUACUGGUCAACACCCAGCAACAUCUAGAUAUAAGCUCUCAAAACUGGCUCAUCACAGGAGAGAAUGCUAAGCUUGAGAAGGAGACUGAGUGUGGAAUGGUGGUAUGUGCUGAUGAUCCAGAGCUGCUGGACAAGCUGGACCAGGCUGCGGAGAAAGGUUUGAGAGUCCUGGUAACUCACAUGGAACGUGCCAUUCCCAGUCCACAGUUUCUGGCCAGAUUGGCGCGACCUGCUGGACGUUGCCUUUCAGGGUUAAAACAUGUUCAGCCAACCCACCCUGAAUUCUGCCUCUUCCUUAGUACCCAUCUGCCUGUCCAACUGCUUAACAGUGAGAUCCAUCCAUCCAUUUUGGCUGAGGUACAAGUGGUUGACCUCUCUCUGAGCUCAGAAGAGAUUCAAGAGCUGAUGCUGACACAGCUGCUGCAGUCUGAAUGUAAAAAUCUGCUGAUUCAACACUUGCGGCUGCAGAAUGACAAGCAGUUGUUGCAGGAGAAAUUGAUCACAGAAGAGGAUGCUGUGAUGGAAUACAUCCUGCAGUCUAACACCCCACUGCUGCAGGACACUGAUUUUCUACCCCAUGUGGCUGUUUGUCAAGAAACAAUGAAUAAAGUGCAGGUUGAGAUCCAGCUGCUGAGCGAAGAACUGGAGUACCACGAGUCCCUGCUGGUUGCACCCCGAGAAUUAAUGAGGCUGGCUGCUGCCCUCUACCAGGCUCUGCAGGACGUGUCCCGUCUUUCCCCUGCCUACUACUUUUCUCUACAUGCCUUCAUCCAAAUUAUGCAAGAGGCCUUCAUUGUGAAGGGCAGGCCAUUACUGUCAUAUACCAUUGGGAAAAUGCCAGGGGGCAUGAUACAAGAGGUGAGAAACCGGAUGGUGGCCCAGCUUCUGGUCCAGUACAGGCCUUGUCUCAUCAAGAGCCAUGUCACUGUUCUGAAGCUGCUGGUGUCUGUGGCUCUGCUCCAACACAACCAGCUCUGCUCUGAGGCUGAGAGGGUGGCUUUCCUCAGAGGCCUUCAAGACAUAGAUCAUCCUGCCGCUAAUGUUACUCUAUCACAGUCCUCUAGAGAUCUGCCCAGCUGGAUACCCCCUUAUAUUCACCCAGAGCUCCUCUGCCUGGAGAAGAUCCCAGUCUUCAAUGGACUAAUUGCCUCUCUCUCCACUUGCUCCAUGCAGUGGCAGGAGUACCUGCACCUCCCUUCCACCACUGUAGCAGGGGCGGUUCCUUGUUGCUCUCACUCCCAUCUAUCCCUGCUACAGCGGGCUCUCCUCUGGAAGACCAUCCUCCCGGACUGCUUGGAGGGAGUGGCUGAAGCUAUAGCUGCGUACCACCUCUACCUGCAUGGACAGACAGCAGGGACUGAGGGCCCUCAUACUGGGAACCCAGAAGCCCUCUCACAAUAUCUAGUCAAACACAAGGGACCCAUCAUCCUAUCAUUGCCCAGUCCUAGAGGAGAUAAUUGGACAAGCAUUCAGCCUCUUCAGUUAAUAAGAAAAUUGGCUCACUGUGAAGCAGAAACAGAAGAGGUUCAGGUGAAAGUCAUUUCUUUUGGGGCUCUGUGUGACAGAGAGGCAGUUCUCUCAGUGCUGGAUGAAGCUGUUAAUGAUGGCCACUGGUUGGUUUUUAACAACUGCCACUUGUUGGAACAAUGGGAUGAUAAAGUAGUGGCUCACCUCAGUCGAUUGAUGUCCUCUUUAAGAGAGGAGCGAUGCCUGCUUCACCCAUGCUUCCGAUUGUGGUUUAUAACUCAAGAAUAUGCAUCAUGCUCCAUACCAGCGGCAGUACGAAUGUGUGCCAUACCUCUGGUCUGUGACUCUCCCUGGGAUCUGAAGGAGGAGCUGAGCUGUUCUCUGCAACAGGUGGCGUCCUUCAUACAGUGUCAAUCACUGCCACAGCACACAGUCACAGCAGACAACAUGGAGCUCCUCCUCCGCUGUGCAAUCUUCCACUCUGUGUUACUGCAGAGACAGACCUAUAAGUGCUUAGACCAAGGGAUAAUCUACAAUUGGAGUCAGGAAGACCUCCUGGCUUUGAUGGAUGCACAGAUUUCCAUCGCUAGUCUCUGCCAAAACAACACGAAGGCUUUGCAGUAUAUAGCAGUCAAUCUAGUGCAUGGCGGCCAUGUACUAGACUCUGCAGAUUUGGAGGUGGUGGAGAGCGUUGCUAAGACCUGCCUCAGCCGAUUGUCACCUGUCUGGGGCAGUGGACCACAAAUCCUCUCAAAUAUUAUCAACAAUCCUGGGCACCUUGAUUUGUCAGGACUACUGCAGAUCUUGGAGCAGAGUCUUCAGGAUUCAGCGAACAUCAAUGACCCCCCUGUGCUGGGCUUCAGUGGAGAUGUGGCAGCAGAGAUAAUCAAAAUCAAUAGCCACAAUUUGAACAUAUUACUGCAGGCCUCCCAGACUCCUCUAGGAACAGUGAGGAGUCUGUGCACCCAGCUAAAGCAGCCCUCCACACUGCCAGACUAUAGCCAUGCUAGAGACAGACUGCAGACACUGAAGAAUUACCUUGCACAAAAGAAUGACAGCGCAGAUACCACUGCAGGGGCUGUUUCUCACAGUCCCCUACGUGACUUCCUCCAGGCUGAGUGGGAUGAUGUCAUUGAUUUAGUGUCCUCGCUCCUCUCACAGCUCCAACAGCCCCGUCAAUACAGCAAGUCGACCUUCGCUUCCCUCCUCAAGCUCAAUGACUUGUCUCACUUGGAGAGGAGGGCAGAGUUGCUCAGUGCUUAUCUCUGGCACCACAACACUUCAGAUCCACCUGGUGCCUACCGACUAUCUGCUUUCAAAAAUGCUAGAGGCUUCCUGGCGGCAGUGAUGAGAGAGGCUGCUCAAGUAAAUCGCAAAAAUAUCAGUGAUAUAGCCCUGCAUUUUCAGGUUCUGAGUGAUAGCACUAACCUAAACACACUUCCCACUGACGCUGUGUAUUUGUGCGGCCUGAAGCUGAGAGGGGCAUCAUGGGAUAUGCAGCUAGGAGCCCUAGAGGACAAAGUCUUUCCGCAGCAAUGUUCCAUGCCCCUUGUUUGUGUCAAGGCUGUAAUCAGGAGCACAAAUACCACCCGAGAUACCUUCCCUUGUAAAAGCUCACAUUUAAAGGACACCAGCAAUAUCCAGGUCACCCAUGCCCCACAGUUACCACUCUAUCACUGCCCACUCUAUCUCGAUGUGGAGCGGGAGUGUGGAAACUGGGGACUGGCAGAUGUUAACAUUAUCACUACGUUUCCCCUACAUGCCAAGAUAAAUCCUUUGUUGUGUAGUUUGAGAAGGGUGAGGCUAGUGAGUAUGCUCUGACUAAACCAACCUGGUUUCACCUGCUGGGAUGCAAAAGACUAAAGCUCAGAUGCAAUGCAGUUAGACACUUUUACCUGAUUAAUAAUUCUGAAUUGAUAAAAAAAAGUCUUGAAAAAAAUGUAUUUCUCAUAAGACUACUGUUUAC